AUGGUCACCUUCACCGACCCACGGACGCUCCAUCCCGAUCUGCCUUAUCGAUUCCAACUGCGCUCCGUGUAUCCUCUCCUUUAUGUGACAGUCCGCUAUUCUGCCUAUAGGAUCCAGGGUUUCGCCAAGGAAAUUUCCUACUUGGAUUCGCAAAAGAGUGCUGACGGUGAAUACGUAAAUGAAGUGCAGUGCAGUCCGCAGUUCGUAACCGAGGAAGGAGGCGCGAUAAAGCUAACUGUCUACUACUUGUACUGCCUACCGGACGAAAAGGGUAAUGACAGAGCCUGCAACAAUACACGGAGGAUAACCCAACAUAUGUAUCCCUCGUUUGCUCGCAAGUUUGUUGUCAUUCUUGGUGAAUCAAACAAACCGGUUUACAAACCUGGUGGGAAUAUACGCUUUCGUUUCAUUGCCCUCAAUACCCGUCAACUUUAUCCAUCUACUGAACGGCGCGAGUGGCCCGAAGUGCUACUUGUUAUGCGGACAUACAAUGAUGCCAGGGUUGUGCGGGUCACUGAAGAAGAGAGACGUAGGCGUGAGGGGUCCUUGGGAUUCGAUGUGAUCUACGUAGAAGACCCCAGUGGGAAUCGGGUGAAGGAGUGGAGGAAUGUUUCGCAGACGAUGGCAUUUAACAUGUCCUUCCCACUGCUGCCAGAUGCAUCAGAAGGCGUUUGGCGUCUCGUGGCAAGGGUUUUCUCCAGCAUUCAAACGCUGCAGGUGCGCGUGGAGAAUUACGUGCUUCCGCGAUUCCUGGCCACUAUUCAGGUUCCAAAGGAGGUGGAAAUUGACGCUGAGAGGGCAUAUUUCAAAGUCUGUGCAAAAUACACCAACCGAAAUCCCUUUCAGGGACGGUACGAUGUUCAAAUCUGCGUUGCUUUUGGAACUGAAUUGAGGCAGCGACAGAACCUAGGUACUCCGUUCAAAAACGAUGGAGGAACGAUGGGUGAAACGAAUUCGAGUAGACCUCCGGGUCAGUGUCUUUCUGUUGCUGGCAGCCUUUUCGGCACAGCUGACAAUGGAGGGUGCGUAAGCGCGAGCUUCUCCAUGAAAUCACUGAUGCAACAUGUUGAAAUGUGGGUCGAGGAAGAAUAUAAAUUGGAUUUUCUCGUCAAAAUCAGUGAAACGGAUACGGGUUCCACCGUGACACAGUUUGGUCUGGCGGAGAUUCGGCCCCCCAAACUGGAUGUAGAAAUAGACAGCACCUACCGACCAGGUUUGCCCAUUUACGGAAAUGUGCGUCUGCCGCAGAUGAAUACGCCUGCAAGGCCUGAUUCGGUGAGAGCCAAUUUGACCCUCUUUAAAUAG